AUGGUUGACGCAGAUUGGAAGCCCUCAAUGGGUUUUGUUUACGGGGAGGUACAUACAAAGAAACGUAAUAGAUUGGAGACAAAUAGAUUGAACAAUCUUGUUUAUGUUCAAUUCAAUGCUAAUCUAAUGAAAAAAAACAAAAAGAGAAAAGAUAGGACUUUGGAAGUGCUUUUAGCAAAUGAUUCUCACGUAGCUCAAGAAUGGAUGAUAGAUGGAGAUGACGUUGUUGGAGAUGAAGUUGACCCCGAAUCAGUGAUGGAAGCAACUGAUGAAGCUCGUGGGACUAAUAAUAAUCAAGUAUCCCGAAAAAGUUCAACAGUGAGAGAACUUUUUAAUGAAGAUUUCGAAUCCGACAAUGAUGAGUAA